GUAGGUCAUAUUUCCGAACGAUACAGCGCAAUGUGUGUUACGUCCACAACCGAAGCCCUCCCGGCGACCACCAACGUCGGACUAGGCCAGUGCGCCGGCCCAGAAGGAGCCGGAACGGAGAUCCACACGUACACGCCGCGCAAGGUCCUAGUCCCCGCCUCCAUCGCCGCAGCCGCCGAAGGCGGAGACGACGCGGCGUCGUUUGACCUGCUCUUCGCCUCGGGCAGCGGCGACUACACGGCCUGCGAGGACAUGCAGAUGGUCAUGCAGGAGUUUGUGGCGGACCCGGAGGGCCGGAGCCUCGCGCUGAAGCAUCUACGGGAGGGAUCUUAAGGGGAAACGGUGUGUUCACUGGUUUGGAUUGCCUGCCUGCGCUCAGGAAGUCCCUUCUUAGUACUGUAAAGUACUCUUGGUUUCCUAUGUUAUUCGGGUGUCAGGUUAGAUAUGUUGAACGUUAGUCAGGGUAUGCUGGCAUCAGGAUGUGAGUAUCCGGGCUGGAUAUGACGUGUCUGGAAUACGGAUUUAAACGCACAAGACCAACCCAUAUUCAAUACGUGCUUCAAUGGAGCGAAGGUCGGCCACCA